AUGCCUUUACAUCGAAUCUACCAUCCACUGUCUGCCUUUUCAUCUUCAGACAAGCAAAAACUUUCAGAACGUAUAACUGCUCUAUAUACUGAUAGAGGCUUACCUGCAUUUUAUGUGGUUAUUCUCUUUACACCUAUUGAAAGUGAAUCGUUUUUUGUUAGUGGUAAACCGACCGAUAAAUUUGUUCGUAUAGUUGUACAACAUCUUGCCAGACAACUUCCAAAUGAAGAAGCAAAAAAACAAUUUUCAGAAAGAUAUGAAAACGCAAUAGCACCAUUUAUUAAAGACAAAGGUUAUGAUUGGGAGGUACAUGUUGAAGAAGUACCACCAGAAAUGUGGCGUGAGAACGGACUUAUUCCACCCAUUAAAUUUCCUGAAAUAGAAAAAGAAUGGGCACGACAAAACAAACCAAUACCAUAUUAA